AGAACUGGGCGAAUACUCAUAUCUUUCGUUGAAUGGAGAUUACUAUAAGUCUUUACGUAGCAUGAUAGUAUUUAUAAUAGCAAUAGUAUUAUCAACAGUAACAAAAUGUUAACUUUACAUCUUUUUUCAAGGCAUAUCAAAACACAAAAUAGGUUGCCAAUAAAAUGGUUAAAUGUUACGUUUAAUAUAAUAAAGGUAAAUUCAUCUAGUUCAUCUUCAGAUUCAGAUUCUGAUACUGAAUCUCCUAACAAAAAUACAUUGAUUAAUAAAGAUGAUACUACAGAGAGUACCAGUUUGAAACUUGCAGAUUACCUACAUGCCAAAAAUAAAAAAGACAAAAAACAAGAAAUUGAAAAACGAUUAUCCAAAAUAGCCGAUGUACUUUCAAAAACACCAAGUGAAAAGGAUAAAGAGCAAAUUCUCUCUAAUCUAUUAAAUGCUAUUUCAUUAGAAAUCGGUGAAAAAAACGAUGAAGUCAAUGACAGACCAUCUAUAAUUAAACAGAUACAAAGUGAUCAUCAAAAAUUAAGGAAUACUCAAAUUUCACUUGAGAAACAAAUACAAAAUGAAUCAUCUACAAUUAGGCACAUACAACAAUCAAAGGAUAUUGAGAAUUCAUUUAUAAAAGGAACACAGCUAUCUAUGAUUAAACAGAUAGGAAGUGAACAACAAAAAUUCAGAAAUAUUGAGAGUGAAUCUAGAACAAAAAUAGAAGAACCAUCUAUAAUCAAGCAGUUACAAAGUAAACAAAAAAAAUCGAGAAGUAAUGAAAGUCAACCUAGCAAAAGAAUGGAAAGACUAUCUAUAAUUCAGCAGAUACAAAGUGAACAACAAAAGUUAGAAAAUAUUGAGAGUCAACGUAGAACAAAAAGGGAAGAACCUUCUAUAAUUAAGCAGUUACAAAGUGAAAAAAAGAAAUUAGGAAAUAUUGAGAGUCCACGUAGAAUAAAAAUGGAAGAACUUUCUAUAAUUAAGCAGUUACGAAGUGAACAACAGAAGUCAGAAAAUAUUGAGAGUCAACGUAGAACAAAAAUGGAAGAAGAACCUUCUAUAAUUAAGCAGUUACAAAGUAAACAACAGAAGUCAGAAAAUAUUGAGAGUCAACAUAGAACAAUAAGGGAAGAAGAACCUUCUAUAAUUAAGCAGUUACAAAGUGAACAACAGAAGUCAGAAAAUAUUGAGAGUCCACGUAGAAUAAAAAUGGAAGAACUUUCUAUAAUUAAGCAGUUACAAAGUGAAAAAAAGAAAUUAGGAAAUAUUGAGAGUCCACGUAGAAUAAAAAUGGAAGAACUUUCUAUAAUUAAGCAGUUACAAAGUGAACAACAGAAGUCAGAAAAUAUUGAGAGUCAACGUAGAACAAAAAUGGAAGAAGAACCUUCUAUAAUUAAGCAGUUACAGAGUGAACAACAGAAGUCAGAAAAUAUUGAGAGUCAACGUAGAAUAAAAAGGGAAGAACCUUCUAUAAUUAAGCAGUUACAAAGUGAACAACAAAGUAGAGAGAAUGGUAAGAAUACAUCUAGAAAUCGAAUGUACGAAGAACCAUCUGUAAUUAUGGAAUUAAAAAGUAAACAAGAAAAAUUAAAUACUACUAAAAACCAUGAUCAAACCAAUGGUGCACUGCACCUUGAAGCAUCUAUACUUCGGAAACUAAAAAUCCAACGUAAGGCUAGAGUUCAGGAUAUCCCGGUACAAGAAGAGCGGUCUUUCAAUUUUGAGACAAUUUUUACCAAUGAGUUAACGGAAGUUCCGCCAGAACUUAAAACAUGGAAUAUGUGUGAAGAGGCCCACCUGCAGUUGUUGUUGGUGAAUAAGUCUCAGAAUGCAUUUCAGGAAUUAAUUAAAUGGACUGAAGAAGGGAAGCUAUGGCGAUUUCCUAUUGACAAUGAACAAGGAUUGGAAACAGAAAAAGAUGUACAUUUUUCAAAACAUGUAUUUUUGGAACAACAUUUGGUAGGAUGGUGUCCUACUAAAGGCCCAAUACGACAUUUUAUGGAACUAGUAUGUGUUGGUCUUUCAAAAAAUCCAUAUUUGACCGUUCAAGAAAAAACAGAUCAUAUAAUGUGGUAUAAAGACUACUUUGGAAGCAAACAGGAUCUGUUACAAAAAUUAGGACUUGUAGAAUAAAAAUUAUUAAAAUAUGA